CAUGAUCUGAGAUGGUACAAGCAGUCGUCACAUCAGCGGCAGGGACUGGUGUGCACAAGACCGGUGUUUGGAGGAAUGUAAGGCACAGCUUCUCCCACAUAACGCAAGAAGAGUAUAUGGAAAAAUAAGUCUGCAAAAUACUUAUAUGAAGGAAAGACAGAACAGGAAACAAGAACGGACUCCAAGAAGUUAUACAAAGGAAUAAAAGCGUUGAGGGGUGAAGCAAGGCAAUGAGACAAGACAUAUGAAGUGAAAAGGACAGGAUAAAGACAGAAGAGAAGGAAGAUGGCUCUGUAUCGCUGGCUGGGGAGAAGAUGGACCGCGUUAGGGUUGGCUCGCCCUUACUGUCAGUCUGUAAAUGCCGGCAUCGAUGAGACGCCUGAGGAAGAGGAUCUCAUCGAACAGAAAAGGAAUAAAUCUAGACUGCGUGCCCACCACUACAAUUCCAUUCACCAUCAGUUGCCAGAAAAUCUCUCAGAAGAUGAAGAAUUUGCGAUGUCCCUUAGAGCACAGAGAAAACGUUAUGGGGAAUUUGGUGCUGCCAGUGGCAUCAAUCUGGCCAAGCUGUGGCCCAGCAAGGAAGAACUGGAGCUAGAAAAAGAGUGGGAGAAGGUUGCCAGACCACAUUCUGUUCAGGAAAUGAUAAGUAUAGCCAAGAAAGCCAAGGAGGAUGAGGAAAGAGCCAUCCAGAAGAGACAAGAAGAACUGAUGCAGAAGGUGGCAAAGCUGGAAGGUUGGAAGAAAGAAGUGCGAGACCGUAUAAUGAAGCAAGAGCUGGAAGCACAGAUAGCAAAGGAGAAAAAGGAGAAACUGAUUGAAGAAGUACGCCAGAUUUUAGGUUUCCAAAUUGACCCCAAAGAUGAGAGAUUUAAGGAGGCACUGCUGCAGAAGGAAAAAGAAGAGAAGAAGGCUAAAAAAGAAGCCAAGAAAUUGGCUCGUCAAAAGCGUAUGAUAGAACGCCUGAGGCAGGAGACAUAUCCUUCCCCAACCCCAGUUAAAGAUGCUUCGGGCCAGAGUGAGACAGGAGAAGGAAGUAGCAUUUCACCUGGAUCACCCAUUGUGUAAAUCAAGGCACCAUCAUAUUGAUUGGGACAAUGUACAUAAAACCUCAUAAAUGUUGAUUAAACUGGUAAACUUCUUGUUUAUAUCAGAAAAUUCUUAAUCCUACAAAACUUCAGAAAAUUUAGAAUAAUGACAGCUCAGGGUGAGUCUUGUCCAAAUUUAUAGGAAAAUUUUGUCAAGGUACUAUUUGAAAUGUAUUUAUGAAAUAAAUGCAUGUGAACAAGUUUUAUGUAAUGUCAUUCAAAUGAGAUUUUUUUAAUUCAC